CAUCGCCAACUCCCUCCCCUCCAGUUUCUGCGCCGACAACAUCUACUGUCUCUGCACCCUCUUCAGUUGCCCACAAUGUGGUUCUUUGGAAGCUUCCUCUACGUCUGCGUCCUCCUAAUCAACGCCGUCGCAGUCCUCUCCGAAGACCGUUUCCUCGCUCGAAUCAACCUCUCUCCCGCUUCGUACGAUCCCGCAUUCGGCUCUGGUCCCGACGCGAGCAUCAAGGCCAAGAUCAUCCACCUCAUCGCCAGCGUCCGAACCAUCAUGAGGAUGCCCUUGAUAUUUGUCAAUUCCGUCAUUAUCCUGUACGAGCUCGUCCUGGGUUAA